AUUUUCUUUUUUUUUUUUUUUGUUAUUAUAAACAUGGUUGCUAUCAAAUUACAAAAAGAAGAAAACAGACAAGCUUUUCUCAAGGUAUUCCCUACACUUGCUGAUGAAAUCCUUGCAGAAGUUCGCAAGUAUAAUAUGCCUGAAGAUGCUUAUGAAUGGACCAAGAAGAUGCUUUACUAUAAUGUACCUGGUGGUAAAUUAAACCGUGGUAUUUCUGUGGUUGAUACUGUCCGUAUCCUUAAGGGCGAAUCAGUCACUGAAGACGAUAUCUUCAAGGCCACUGUCUUGGGUUGGUUGGUUGAAUUCCUUCAAGCUUUCUUUUUGGUUUCUGAUGACAUCAUGGAUGCUUCUAUCACCCGUCGUGGUCAACCUUGUUGGUAUAAGACAGAUGGUGUUGGUAUGGUUGCCAUCAACGAUGCCUUCAUCCUUGAAGCAUGUAUCUAUAUCUUUUUAAAGAAAUACUUUAAAAAGACAGAUUACUAUAUUGAGCUUGUUGAAUUAUUCCACGAAGUCACUUUCCAAACUGAGCUUGGCCAACUCUGUGAUCUCAUCACUGCUCCUGAAGACAAUGUGGAUUUAAGCAAGUUUUCUGUUAAAAAACAUCAAUUCAUUGUUAUCUACAAGACUGCUUAUUACUCCUUUUAUCUUCCUGUUGCAUUGGCCAUGCAUAUGGUUGGUGUGAAAAAUGAAGAAGCCUUCAAACAAGCUCAUGAUAUUUUGAUUCCCUUGGGUGAAUAUUUCCAAGUUCAAGAUGAUUACCUUGAUUGUUAUGGUGCCCCUGAAGUGAUUGGUAAGAUUGGUACUGAUAUCAUGGACAACAAGUGCUCUUGGUUAAUCAACCAAGCCUUGGCUAAGGCUAAUCCUGAACAACGCAAGGUGCUUGAUGAAAACUAUGGUAAGAAGAAUGCUGAGUCUGAAGCCAAGGUCAAGCAAAUCUACCUUGAUCUCGACAUUGAAGGCAUUUACAAGGCUUAUGAAGAAAAGUCUUUCAAUGAUUUAAAUGCCCUUAUUGAAAAAUUGGAUGAAUCAGUUGGUCUCAAAAAGAUGGUCUUUACUGAAUUCAUGGAUAAGAUCUAUAAGCGUACUAAAUAAGCUAACUUUAAUUUACUUUACUAAAUAAAAAAAAAAUAGAUAUGUUUAAUCUCCGAUAAUAAGAGUACGUCAUCAAGUCCAUCGAUUCGUCUGUCCCCAGCCCAGCGUGGGGGGAUGCUAAAAAAAAUUCAAGAGUAAAAAAAAAGAGAGAGUGGCA